AUGGGUCCGCUACCACAAGAGAGGUUGACACCAUUUGUGAGGCCAUUUUCCUACGUGGAUCUCGACUACAUGGGUCCUUUCCUCGUUACUAUCGGACGCCGCAAAGAAAAACGUUGGAUUGCACUUUUUACCUGCUUGACGACGCGCGCGGUCCAUAUGGAAAUAGCAAGAGAUCUCAGCACGGAUUCGUGUUUACUGUGCAUACGGAAUUUUAUGAGCAGACGAGGCACGCCGGUACGCAUACGUUCCGAUAACGGUACGAACUUCAUCGGUGCAGACAGGGAACUACAAAAACAAGUCGUCGAAUUUGAUUCUGGAAAGAUUGCUGACUCGCUCGCGAAUGAGCGUAUAGAAUGGGUGUUCAAUUGCCCGUUAAACCCUCAUGCUGGAGGGUGCUGGGAACGGUUAGUGCGCAGUGUCAAGCGAGCUAUGGGACAUGCGCUCCAUGACGAGAACCUACAAGAGCACUGCCUUUACAGCUUAAUGUGCGAAGCGGAGAACAUGGUGAACUCUCGCCCGCUAACUCAUAUACCACUAGAUACACCCACCGACGAACCCAUAACCCCUAAUCAUUUUCUUUUAGGUACCGCCAACUCGGAUCAAACGCCCCACCCGCGUGAGGAGGAGCACUGCGCCUCUAGAAAGCAAUGGAGAAAGGUGCAACAAGCACAGCAUCGUUUCUGGAAGAAAUGGCUAUCCGAAUACCUUCCAGAUUUGUGUCGCAGGACCAAAUGGUACCAGCCUGUGCAGCCGCUGCGCGUUGGAGACGUGGUAUUAAUUGUGGACAGCAAUAUACAUCGUUCUCGUUGGCCGAUGGGCAGAAUAACCCAAGUGUUUCCUGGCAAGGACUUACAGGUUCGCAGCGCUGAAGUGCAAACACCAAAGGGAGUAUUCCGGCGGCCUGCUUGCUUAUUGGCGAAAUUGGAUGUGGAUGAAUCCACAUAG